CUAGUGGCUAGUUGUUACACAUUAAGAAUAUGUUUGAUAAAAAUUUAAAUUUAUCAGUAACAAUAAUUUGCAACAAAUAUAUUUUCUUAAACUAAUAUCCAUCUAAACAUGCUGUUGUAGCUGUGAUUGACAAUGAAUUCCGCAUCAAUUUCCAGCAUAGAGUUCAGAACUUUCUCGAAUCUUCCGUCACGCCGAACUGCAUACUUAGCUCACCGGCGCGUAGCCGAGACGCUCCAUCAAAGUGCUUCUUCAUUGCAGGAAAGAGUAGGUAGCAGCAGUAGCAAAGCUGGAAGGAAAUCAUUUAUUCGCUACACUGUCUCUGCAAGCUAUGGUGAUAAGGAAUCGGGUUCAGUUAACUCUAAUGAGUUUACUUCUCCGGCGAAGGCACUCCGGAAACUAUUAGAAUCGCCGGGAGUUCAUCAAGGACCAGCUUGUUUCGAUGCUCUCAGUGCUAAGCUUGUUGAGCGAGCUGGGUUCGAUUUCUGCUUUACAACUGGUUUUGGAAUAUCUGCUGCACGGUUAGGACUGCCAGAUGCAGGACUAAUUUCUUACGGAGAGAUGGUGGCUCAAGGUCUAGAGAUCACACAAGCAGUGUCCAUACCAGUAAUUGGGGAUGGAGAUAAUGGAUAUGGCAACGCCAUGAAUGUCAAGAGAACUGUGAAAGGAUAUAUUAGAGCAGGUUUCGGGGGAAUAAUCCUUGAAGAUCAGGUUUCUCCCAAAGCAUGUGGUCACACACGUGGCAGGAAAGUUGUUUCUCGGGAGGAAGCAAUCAUGAGAAUAAAAGCGGCUGUUGAUGCUCGAAAAGAAAGUGGAUCUGACAUCGUGAUUGUGGCACGUACUGAUGCACGUCAAGCAGUCUCCUUUGAAGAAGCCAUUUGGCGGGCACGUGCUCUUGCUGAUGCUGGAGCUGAUGUUCUGUUCAUAGAUGCUCUUGCUUCCAAAGAAGAGAUGAAAGCUUUCUGUGAUGUCUAUCCACUGAUUCCGAAGCUUGCAAAUAUGCUUGAAGGUGGUGGUAAAACACCAAUAUUCACUCCAAUUGAACUUGAGGAACUUGGAUACAAACUGGUGGCAUAUCCACUUUCCUUGAUUGGGGUAUCAAUCGGUGCAAUGCAGGAUGCAUUGUCUGCCAUUAAAGGAAGUCGGAUACCAUCGCCGGGUAGCAUGCCUUCAUUUGAAGAGCUAAAAGAGAUCCUAGGUUUCAAUACCUACUAUGAAGAAGAGAAGCGUUAUGCAACAACAAGCAGUCAACUUCCUUCUCGUAAAGGUGAUUUCUCAUCAAACAGCAAUGAGUAUGGUGUUCAACCCGGCAUCCAAGCUGAUAGAGUGCAGAGGACUCAAAUACCCGAGAAUCCUGUUGAGGUAUUGAUACCUGAGGUGUAUGACAGAUUUUCUGGUGAGGGUAAGAAAGGAAAUUUCUCAAUGGCCUGGUCUCGGAAAUUGAGGGUCAAGAUUACUGGAAAAGAUGGAUUUGAAAAACUAGAUAUCAGAAUUCCUCAAUGGCUUUUAUGAUAGUAACAGGCUAGAGAUGUUGACUCUUUGGUGGGCCAAGAAUUAAGUAAAAUGCCUCAGAUUUAAGGGAUGCCUUCUUAUCUAUGUUAGAAGCUAUGUGGUAAGAGACUCAGUUUUGAUAUCAAAUAUACUGAGUUCUAUAUUCCAAGUUUCAAUAUCUUAACAAUUAUCAAGAUUUGAAUUUUUAAGAGAGAAUAAUUCCUUGUGUAGUUUUGAAUAACUGAUGUUUUGGUAAUUGGUGCCAAACUAUGUUGCAACCAUUUUGUUGGAGCCGUUCUUUUUCUUGGGUAUAAUCACUAGUUCAAAAACAGUUUGGAACCUUUUUGAUCUUACAUUAAUGUUGUGAUUCUUGCGUAUCCACAAGAGAAUAUAUGAGGUGCCUGUUUAAUUCAAUUUAGAGUUGUAUUUGUGAUAUCUUUAGCAUUAUGCACUUUCUUAAGGUUCACGCGUGUGCAUGAUCAAUCUCUAGUUUGUCUUGGUUGUGUAACAUAGUUUGAACUUGGCUUUUUAUGAAAAUGGAACCCCGUCCUCUAUAUCUUUGUGCGCGUGAAACUGUCUGCACAUCAUUAUCUGUUGCAUCAAGUUUAUUAGUUUUUCCAAUAUU